AUGAGAUUCUACAACCUCGCCGCCCUUGUGGCAUCCUCCUCCCUGUUCAUGGGGUCGUUCGCCUCUCCCUUUGGCGCUGCGCCGGGACUGGUUGCACGCGAUGAGGGCAGCUGUGUCAAUGGCCAGUGUGCUGCAGGCCUCUGCUGCUCACCAUACGGAUACUGUGGCACCGGACCCCAAUACUGCACCGCCGGCGUACAACCCGCCCCGGCGCAACCACCGUCCAACACUUUCCCCGAGGGCUCUUGCGCAGCCGAUAGACCUUGCAAGACUGCAGGAUAUUGCUGCUCGAAAUGGGGCUACUGCGGUGAGGGACCAAACUACUGCGGCCCGUAA